AUGCCUAUUGUCAUUAUUGGAGGUGUAACAGCUGUUGGUAAAACAUCUACAGCUAAAAGACUAAAGGAUUUAUAUAAUUGGGAUUAUAUCGAAGCAGACGAAUUUCAUUCUAAAUCAAAUAUUGAUAAAAUGACCGCAGGUACAGCAUUAACAGAUGAAGAUCGUCUUCCUUGGUUACAAGUUCUUCAUGAACAAUUAAAAAAAUAUUUAUUAACAAAUCGAAGUUGUAUUAUGACAUGUUCAGCUUUAAAGAAAUCCUAUCGACAAAUAUUAUUAACUGGUUCAUCAGAUCCUAAUGUUAAAGCACAGAUGCCAAAAGAAGAUUUUUAUAUUAUUAUAUUAACAUUAUCAAGAAAAGUAUUACAUGAUCGUUUGUUUCGACGAUUACAUGAACAUUUUAUGAAUCCUAUAUUAUUAGAUUCACAACUUGCAACACUUGAAUUAUCUAUAAAUCAGGAAGAUGAACCUUAUACGUAUAUUAUUAAUUGUGAUAAUCUUUCACAAGAUGAAGUUGUCCAUCAAAUUCAAAUGAUUAUUAAGCGAUGA